AUGGCUCAUGGCACUGACUCUCCUCGCCGAUUGCCAUCUCUCUCUCGCAAGACUAUUGAUGAACUCGGCCUCCUCUCACUAUGGCAGUCCCCUCUUGACACAAAGCUCCUCAUCGCACAGCGCUUCAUUCGGCUCUUUGCCUACGGCGGCUCAACGCUGAUUCUAGCAUCUUAUCUCUCCGCACUAGAUAUCGCCGAUGACCGGAUUGGUCUAUUCAUGACGCUCACGCUGGUCGGAGACGUGGCUAUCAGUUUUCUCCUAACUCUGUUCGCUGAUGCUAUGGGUCGUCGAGCUGUGCUGGGUCUGGGUUCGGCGCUCAUGGUCGGCAGCGGCGUUGUAUUUGCACUGAGCGGGAAUUACUGGUGGCUUCUUACGGCGGCGGUGCUGGGAGUUAUCAGUCCGAGUGGCAACGAGAUCGGCCCUUUCAAAGCAGUUGAGGAGUCAACGUUGGCCCAUCUCACUCCCAAAGAGUUCCUGCGCGAUAUCCUGCUCUGGUACUCACUCUUCGGCACGGCAGGGACAGCUCUGGGCGUGAUGGCCUGUGGCUGGGCGAUUAACCUGCUAGAGAGCGGAUGCGGGUGGGAAUACAUACCAGCUUGCCGGGCAAUCUUCCUUGCGUAUGCUGCUAUUGGCGCUCUCAAGUUUGUUUUGUCCGUAUCUUUGAGCCAUAAGGUUGAAGCGGACAAUAUGACGCCCAAAUCGAAGCAGCAGCAGCAGCAGCGCACCGACGAGACACAGCCUCUUCUCGAAAACAGAAAUGAAACAAGAGAGACGCAAGAGCAGGGACGAAAAUCCUUCCUUUCGUUUCUUGGCGAGCGCGAUCUCGUCUCACUUAUUAUCCGUCUUUUCAUUCUCUUUGGUUUGGACUCGUUCGCUUCGGGUCUUGCGUCACUAUCCUGGAUGACCUACUUCUUCAAACGCAAAUUUUCCCUGCCCGAAGGCACCUUGGGAAGCAUCUUCUUCACAACCUCCAUCAUCGCCGCGAUCUCCAUGCUUCUCGCAUCCUCCAUCGCAAAACGCAUCGGCAAUAUAAAAACAAUGGUGUUCACGCACCUACCGUCCGCCAUUUGUCUUGCCCUAAUCCCGCUCUUUGAUCUGCCGCUUGCUUUAACGCUGCUUAUCCUCCGCGCGUGCACGCAGAAUAUGGACGUUGCGCCGCGCUCGGCUUUCCUGGCCGCGGCCUUGCCUGCGGAUAAACGGACGGCGAUCAUGGGUGCUAUCAACGUUGUCAAGACGAGUACGCAGAGUGCAGGGCCGUUGAUUACCGGGGUUUUGGCGGAUAAGGGCGUUUUUGGGGCAAGUUUUACGCUUGCCGGCGUCUUGAAGUGUGUUUAUGAUUUCGGGAUCCUAGUUAGCUUUCUGGGCCUGGAGAGAGAGAGAGAGAGGAAUGAGCCGGGAGGGGUUUGAGGUUUGAGUAUCGUCUGGUAUAUAUAUGUUGUUGAGAGUGGAGAUACGAGCAUAGCAGGUGUGUUGCGCCUGUGAGUUGGUGGAUGGUAACUACUCUGGCCUGGCUCAGAGAAAAUUGCGUCCUUCAGCCGGUCAGGCUGGCAGCUUGUUCCGUACCUGGAUACCUAUCUAGGUACUCUCCCUUGCGCUCCAGAACUA